AUGUGAUGAACGUUGUAAAGAAAUCUGCCGCAAAAUUUUCCUCUGAACAGUUCAGUCGACCAAAACGACACAGUGCAGAGGUAGGUAACGAAUGAUAUUGCCUAUUGAAGCUAAAGCUUGUUCUAAAGCUGCGAAUUAAGAGACAGACCACGUUGGUUUUACUAAGUUAGCGAGAAGCUAAGCGUUUAGUUCGAUUUAAAGACUGCAUUUAGCGAAAUAUCAAGAGAUGUUUCAAAACCGUUUGCUUCAAAAAACUGAAAAGCUGAAAUGAGUCCGCAUUGAAGACCGUCAAACGAAUUAAAUGUGGAAAAUUAUUUUAAGUUUAAACAAACACUUUGACGACUCCAAACGGGUAACGCAAUGAGUAUCACCUUUUGAGCGAGCACUGAUUUAUAUCUGUUUAAAAAAAUGAAAUAUUUCCCGUCAAUUCAUAUAGAUCUUUCCUUUUGUAGCACCAGUAUGUUUCAUUUCAUUAGAAUUUUCUCAAUUUUGAAGCGAUCAACUUUUGCUUGCUAUAAACAGAAACCACAACUUACACAACAAAAAGAUGUUUGUUUCCUGCAUUACACCAGAUUAGACGGCAUCUGCUUUAAAAUCUGAUCGCGUAGCUCAUCAGGUUAUCGAUUAUCUACUUAAAUCAUUAGCCAAAAAAGCUUACUUUACAACCCAUUGCCUCUGAAGUAUGCCAGAAGCGUGUGCCUAUGGUUACAAUUACUUUAUCGUUCUUUGGAAAAUAAAUUAAAUUCAGUUGAAGAAAAUGGAUGGAACGAGAAAGUCAAAGGUCAACCGCUCAGGCAGCCAUAGAACCUCCAAGAAGGCUCGUCACGCAUUCUUCUUACAUGUGGUGUCAGGGAAUGCGUGACUGGGCGAUUUGAAAGUUAUUACUUCAACCUUAGCCUUCAGUGCGAGUGAACGUUAUAGGCCCGCGACUGUUUAUCCGACCGAUCAUGUUUGAUUUGGAAUUAGAGUGAACGGUGAGGGUAGGGGGCAGGGGAAGGGCGGGUUAUCGUCACUUCCCCAUCCCCACCUCUCCCUUUAUUUUUGACCGUCGGCUGACCCCUUGGUACAAAUUACUUUUUUCUCUCCCCAGCCUUUGGCUGCCAUUAAAAUCGAAGAUGGCGGCCAUAAUUAUUGCUACGAAAAUACUGAGCACUCGCUCGCCUGAAAACGCCUGCUCUGCAGGCUUCUUCAAACUGAUAUCAGGCUUUCUUUUUUUCGGGGAAGUACGAUAGUAUAUUGCAGCGCUGUUGGGAAAUGAAGAAGAUAGAACACUUUUUUUUACUGAGCGCUUACGGGAUAUAAGAGCGAUCUUCACAGUAAUAACGCUACUUGAGCAGUAGUGAAAUUAAGGCCCGCAAAUUCAACCCAUGACCUCUACGAUGCGGUGCAAUGCCUUACAUCUACUCGGUAUCCAGUCGUCGCUUUUAAGAAAUCGGUGAAUGGGUGGAAGGCUGAUGAAAUUAGGAGAUCCUCGCAGCUAAGAACACUACUGAAACGAGUAGUUGUAAAUAGGACCUGAAAAAAAUUCCAGGCCCGUACGGGAUUUGAACCCAUGACCUCUGCGAUACCGGUGCAGCGCUCUACCAAUUGAGCUAACAAGCCAACUGGGAGCUGGUCAAUGAAUUGGGUCCAAAUAAACAUCCAAGUGAAUGAAGAUUUUAGAUAUAUGAAAAUUCACAUAUUUGCACUGCGGUAGAAAGAUGAAAUUAGCAGAUCCUCGCAGCUAAGAACACUACUGAAAAGAGUAGUUGGGUGGAAGGCGUUUGGUAAGGAACGCUUAAUUCAAAUGAAGAAUUUUGCGAGUAACUCCCUAUUCGCCUAUUGUUUUUACUAUCGUUUGUUGCGCAUGUGAGGUAAUGUUGAAGCUCUUUUUACCAUCACUUUAUUCCGUAGUAUUGCCAAGCACUAUGUCCGAUGUCUCACUUGAGAUCGGCGUGCGCACAUCAACAAAGAUGGCGUCUUAACUAGAGUGCAGCCAAGAGUUUACACGUAACGCGUGAUUGGCGCAAAAAUUAACAGGUAACGCGUGAAUUUUUCAGGAGAGCGAGCGUGAUUCGUGAAUUUAUAAACCGAAGUGUGACAUGAUUUGCCUCCAGAAAUACGCGUCACCCGUGAAUUUUUCCUUUCAUUCCGAGAAAACCUCAAGGUUUCCCUGAAACCUUGAAUACAAGAAGAGAGAUUUGAAGUUUUCUCUUACAAAUCUGUGAAGCAUGAAAUGCUUUGUAAAGUAUACGUGACGAGUAAAUUUGUCUAAAAUUAUGAAUUUUCCCUAAUUGGUCCUUGUUAUAGAAUCAUACUGAGUUUUGAAAAAAUUAUCGCGGGUUUUCAGUUAACAAAAGGACUAAUUAUUUUCUGUUAAUUCGUAGAUCAAAUAUCAUGUCCAACGUGCUUUUUCUCUACGCGCAAGCGGAUCAAACCCGCAGCCAGGAGUUGAAAGAUUUUCUUCAAGGAAAAUUAGGCUCCUUAGCUAAAGUUAGCACAGUAAGUGACGCCCUGGAGGACGAUUCUACUCUGGAGGAUGAGCUUUUUCAAAGCCCAUGCAUCGUUCUUGUUUACACUCAAGAAAGCGAAAAGUUUCUGCAGGAGGGAGCGUUUGAUUUUAACGAAGAAUUUGUAGUAUUCGAUGGCAGUAUCACUAAAGCAUUCUUGGAGGAAGACGAGAUGGCAAAGCGGGUAAUUGUGAUUCAUUACGGAUGGAGACCAGAGCAAUGGUUUUACGAUCGAAUUCCGAAGAGGAUUUUCCACGUUAGUGAGUCGCUGGAGUUGAAAGCCAACCCAAAGGUGGAACAAAUUGUGGACACGAUAAAAGGGAUCGUCAAGAAAAACAAGAAAUAAAACUUAGUGGUCAUUGGUCAUAGAGUAGUUGAGAGGUUUUAUCAGAACCAAACGACUGUUAAAAAGCAACAAAAACAAAAACGGAAAACUGAAAAAGACAAAACUAAACACCAACCCAAACAUAGACUAAACCAGAGAGAAAACAAACAAAAACAUGGUUAGAGACACAAACACGAACAUAUAAACAAAACACAAAUUAACGAACCAAACAAAAAACAAACAAACUGAUAAAUAAAUACGAAAGUCUCUUCACACUAGAUCUCGUGGCACGUGUGGCACGUGGCUCGUGGCACGUGGCACGUGUUCCGAGGUAUUUCACGCCCUUGGAUUUAAGAGGUAAGGAGCUCCUUCGCUUCGUGUUUCCAUAUUCUCCUCACGCUCAUUUAACCGUUUACACCCUAACAUCAGUAUGCAUAUUCUCCCUAAUGUUCUCCAUAAGUUCCUAAGGUGCUGACAAGGAGAAUUUGUUUAACAAUCAAGUUUUUUUGAAGUUGUUGAUCAUUUCCUUCAUUCUCGUAACCUUAAUUUGUGAUUUAAGGGUCAUGAUUUAAGGAGAAAUUAGAUGUUUGUCACUCUUCGGGGUUAAAGGGUGAAUCGUAUGUUUCCUGUCAUGUCUAGAACUACAGUGAAGACUCCAAAGUUAUUUACCGGUAUUGCCAUGAAAUUGAGUAACUCUGUUUUAAAUUUGCAUCGUUCACUAACAUGUCAACUUUUUAAUCUUAGCUGUCAAAUUAGGCUACUUAGUACUCUGUAAUCGAUAUUUACAGUAAAUAAAUAUAAGGCUAGUUUACACUACGUGUACACUCUUGGCCUCUUAGUUAAACAGUUUAGGUUGAAGUUUUACAUACUGCACAGCUUCUGAUGUCAUAAAGUGAUAAAAGGUUUUGUUUUGGCCUUCGUUACAUAGAAUCCUUUAGUUUUUUUUUAAAAACAAGAAGUGAGCUUUGUUUCGACUAUUACCGUUCUUCUUCUUGUUAAACAUGCAUAAUUUCGUACC